CUUCACAUUACAAAAGCUGUCCAGACAAGUUUUUCUUCUUCUGUUGUUGUCUUUUUGUAGUUAAAACAAUUUAAAUCAGAAAAAUUCAAACCCUCGUUAAACCCUAACGCCGCAAAACUUCGCCGCCGGCAACUUCCACCUCCCCCAAAAGCCAUGAACUACCGUUUCCAAAACCUACUCGGCGCACCCUACAGAGGCGGAAACGCCGUCAUUACCCAAAACACUAACCUCAUCUCCCCCGUCGGAAACCGCGUCUCCGUCACCGACCUCACCAAGCACCACACAAUCACUCUCCCUCUCAACACCUCUUCCAACAUCUCCCGUCUCGCCGCCUCUCCCGACGGUACUUUCCUAAUCGCCGUCGAUGACAACAACCGCUGCCUUUUCAUCAACGUCCCACGCCGCGUGGUGCUCCACAGGAUGAAGUUUAAUGGUAAAGUCGGCGCCUUGAAGUUUAGCCCCGAUGGUAAGUACUUCGCUGUUGGGGUAGGGAAGUUGGUUGAGAUUUGGGAGUCGCCUGGUUUCAGUAGAGCGGCUUUUGCGUUUAAGAGGGUUAGGACUUUUGCUGGUUGUGAUGAUAAAGUUUUGUCGUUGGAGUGGAGUUUGGAUUGUGAGUAUUUGCUUGUUGGUGCUAAGGAUUUAGUGGCGAGGCUGUUUUGCGUUAGGAAGUUGAGAGGUGUUUUGAAUAAGCCUUAUUUGUUUUUGGGGCAUAGAGAUUCUGUUGUGGGUUGUUUCUUUGGUGUUGAUAAGGUGAGUAAUGAGGUUAAUAGGGCUUUUACUGUUGCAAGGGAUGGCUACAUGUUUAGUUGGGGAUAUAGUGGAAAGAAUGAAUCAGAAGAUGAGCCAAUGUCUCCUGAUACUCCUGAGAGGGCUGAUGAGGUUAUGGUGGAAAAUGGCACUGAUGUUAAGAAACGAAAAGAGUAUGAGGGUAGAGGUAGUGAUUCAGAGGAUGAAGAUGGUGAAGAGUAUAUGCAUAGAGGGAAAUGGGGUUUGUUGAGGAAAGAUGGGUUUAAUCAAGGAUCAGCUAAGGUGACAGCUUGUGACUAUCACCAGGGGGUGGACAUGGUUGUGGUGGGGUUUUCGAAUGGUGUUUUUGGGCUUUAUCAGAUGCCGGAUUUCAUCUGUAUUCAUUUGCUGUCUAUCUCUAGGGAGAAGUUAACGACAGCUGUGUUUAAUGGGCGUGGUAAUUGGUUGACGUUUGGUUGCGCUAAGCUUGGGCAAUUGUUGGUAUGGGAAUGGCGUUCUGAAAGUUAUAUAUUGAAGCAACAGGGACAUUAUUUUGAUGUAAACUGCGUUACUUACUCAUCUGAUUCACAGUUCUUGGCAACUGGUGCUGAUGAUAACAAAGUCAAGGUGUGGAACGUUGCAUCAGGAGCAUGUUUCAUCACCUUCACAGAGCACACUAAUGCAGUUACUGCUCUUCAUUUUAUGGCUGACAAUCACUCCCUCUUAAGUGCAUCUCUGGACGGUACUGUUCGUGCUUGGGAUUUUCGAAGAUACAAGAACUACAAAACAUAUACAACCCCUACACCGCGACAGUUUGUUUCCUUAACAGCAGACCCAAGUGGUGACGUGGUUUGUGCUGGGACACUAGACUCAUUUGAGAUUUUUGUCUGGUCCAAGAAGACUGGGCAAAUAAAGGAUAUCCUGAAUGGGCACGAGGCUCCCGUUCAUGGGUUAAUGUUUUCUCCCUUAACGCAAAUUUUAGCUUCAUCCUCAUGGGACAAGACGGUUCGUUUAUGGGACGUGUUUGCUAGCAAAGGCACAGUGGAAACGUUUCAACACAACCACGAUGUUCUAACAGUUACCUUCCGUCCUGAUGGCAAACAGUUAGCCUCGUGUACGCUAGAUGGGCAGAUCCAUUUCUGGGACACUGUUGACGGUGUGUUGAUGUACACCAUAGAGGGGCGGAGAGAUAUUGCUGGUGGCCGCAACAUGACUGACCGUCAGUCUGCAGUUAAUUCAAGUUCUGGAAAGUGCUUUACAACCUUGUCCUAUUCCGCUGAUGGAAGCUAUAUUCUAGCUGCAGGAAAUAGCAGAUAUAUUUGCAUGUAUGACAUCUCGGAUCAGGUUCUGUUGCGUCGUUUCCAAAUAUCACAUAAUCUCUCAUUAGAUGGAGUUCUUGACUUCCUGAGCUCCAAGAAGAUGACAGAAGCAGGACCAAUGGAUUUGAUUGAUGAUGACAACAGCGAUGAAGAAGAUGGCAUUGAUAAACAGUCUCGGGGGAACUUGGGUUAUGAUCUGCCUGGAUCCAAGCCUAACCGCGGUAGACCCAUUAUCAGGACAAAAGGCCUUAGCAUAGCCCCAACGGGGAGGAGCUUUGCAGCUGCAACAACGGAAGGAGUUCUCAUCUUUUCAAUCGACGAGUCCUUCAUCUUUGAUCCUACCGAUCUUGACAUAGACGUGACACCAGAGGCGGUUGAGGAUGCCUUAAAGGAGGAAGAAGUGAGCAGAGCACUUGCUCUUAGCAUGCGUUUGAACGAGGACAGCCUAAUAAAGAAAUGCAUCUUUGCUGUGGCUCCUGCAGACAUAAAAGCUGUUGUCAUCUCUGUCCCCCAUAAAUACUUAGAACGGGUUAUGGAAGCUCUGGUGGAUCUGCUUGAGCACUGCCCUCAUCUUGAGUUCUUACUUUACUGGUGUCAGGAAAUGUGCAAGGCACACGGAAGCUACAUCCAGCGAAACUACAGAACUCUACUUCCUGCAUUGAAGUCGCUGCAGAAGGCAAUCACCAGAGCCCACCAGGAUCUUGCAGAUAUGUGUUCUUCCAACGAGUACACACUUCGCUACUUGUGUUCUGUUCCUAACAAUCACUGAUUAUGUUUUCUUCACAUCAUCCAACUAAAUUAUGUCCUCAGAAAUUAUCACCUUCCUUUUUGGGGAAACAUUUUUGAUAGAAGAGUGUUGAAUGCAAAACAAAAUGGUGCUAAUAACAAUGUGUGAAAAAAUGUGAAUAUUUUGAUGAUUUAGACACAAUCUUUUGAUUGAAUAUGUAAAACUAAACUUAAAUACAAACAAUAUAAAGAAGAUUAUGCCUAGAAGCAGAGCUGAGUUGUCUCUAUAAAAACCUAAACACUGAGUGCAAUAUGGAUAAAAAUCAAAGAGGCAUCAAAACUUUGAUUCACGGAGUCCAUGUGGGAUACACUGUCCCAUGGAGCCGAAGCAUCUGAGCAGCAGCACUUGCUUGGCCCCUUACACCAGUAAAAGGGUGGAUGAAAGCAUCAAAGUUGGGAUCAAUAAAGGGAUGUUGGUGGUGGUGUGGAUAAAGCUGAUAGAGAGGUCCAGCCAGCAACAAUCUCUGUUCUGCUUCCCAUCUCUGAAGAGCGUUGAGCAUUUCAACGUACUCAUCCUCUCUAUCUCGCCGCAUCUGCUCCCACAUGUGUUGCUCCCAAGGGCCCAUCACUGGCGAUAUAAAACCAGGGUGCUCAGCUUUCAAAUGAGUCUUGAGCUGAGAAUAAGUCCCAGAGAAACGACACUUGUCCAUAGAACAACACCUAGGUCUCGCAUUCAUGAAUCUCCGCGCGGAAGUAGACUUCACCGUCCCGUAAACCUCUCCUCUACAAUACGGACAGUUGAGAGUCUUGCUUGUGUUCUUCUUGUUUCUGCGGUACUGCUUGAAGCAGUUGGAGUGGCGGGAGCUUGUGUCACACAUGUAAGCACGACAACCUUUGGAGAAAGAAGAGCAUUGCAAGAGGACAGCAUUAUGAGGCGGCUCCAUGCAGAUGACACACCUCACAUCUUCCCAUUCACUCACACUCUCUGACACAAGUGGUGACUCUGCUUCUUUUUGUUUCUUGCUCCUACAAGAGCGGAGCGGGUAAGGAGAUACCCUGUUUCUGUUGCUUGAAACCGGUAAAAUCUGUCUUUCCUUAAGCAUCU